AUGCUCAGGUGUGAGAACUUGUCUGUGAAAGGAGUGCUCGUGCAGUUCCUGCUGGCUGUUCAGAUGAGAGCGGAUGGCAGCAGCGAGGACGAAACUGAACAAGAUGCUCUUUUCCUGAUCAAGAAGGUCAGCUGUAAGUGUACGCUUGUACUCAGACAUCCUGCAGUAGCUACUGCAGCCUGGGGGCUGCAGACCCCUCCGCCUCCUGGUACCUGCGUGGCUGCAUUGCCGCGGUGGCUCUUCGGAGGAGCGGAUGGGAAGCGGAAAGGUCCACCACCUAAACCCCCACGCCGGCAAGGAGGCUGGGCAGAUGAUCCUGUACUGGCAUCUACCAAGUCAGGAAGAAAGCAUGCAGAAGAAGUAGAAGACCAUCGUCUCAGACAGCAGAGCCUGGAGGCAUCAGAUGAUGGAGGAGACAUUCCCGUGAUCCCUGAUUUGGAGGAGGUCCAGGAGGAAGAUCUGGCCAUGCAAGUGGCAGCUCCCCCCAGUGUGCAGGUGAACAGAGUGCUGACCUACCAUGACCUGGACAAAGAUCUUAUGAAAUAUGCUGCCUUUCAGACUCUGGAUGGAGAGGUUGACCUGAAGCUUCUCACCAAAGUUUUGGCUCCAGAGCAUGAACUACGAGAGGAAGAUGUCAGCUGGGAUUGGGACCAUCUCUUCACAGAGGUGUCCUCAGAACUAGUGACUGAGUGGGACCUGGGCCAGUCUGAGAGAGAGGACCACCUCAGUUUGUCCUAGAGCACUGGCACACCAGACGUCUCGUACAUGCAUCCCCUGUAAAUAGUUUAGCACUUUGAUUUUCUAUUCACUUGUUUGUAUUCGAGAAUUUUUUAGACAUGAAAAUAAAUAGGACCUGGCUU